AUGUUUUCGAAACGUCUUGUGGCUCGAAUUGCUCGUGUCAAAACCCCAAAAGUCUCUAGAGGCUCCAGAGGUCUCUCUUCUUCCCGGUACGUCUCUCCGACUAUCUCUCUCAAGUCCAGAGUAAGUCUAGCACUUGUAUCUUGUACCCUUUCGGCAUUGGCUGUUGCAUGGUCCAACGAAUCAGUUGACCUUGAUUCACUGGCCCCUGGUGUACCUGUGGAGGAGGUAGAAAAACACAAUUCUGUCGAAAAUGGAGUUUGGGUGGUGAUCAACGGGAAAGUCUACAACUUGACCGAGUUCUUGACCCGUCACCCAGGAGGAGCUAAGAUCAUUCUCAAAUACGCUGGAAAGGAUGCACUGGCCAUCUUCAAUAAAUUCCAUGCGCCAAAUUUCGUGGAUAAGUACUUGACUCCAGAGGAAUGUUUGGGUCCUUUGAUUGGAGAAAUGGAGGUUGCACCCGAUGUCACCGAAGCUGGAGACGAUACUCAGCGAUUGGAGAACAUCAAGAACAAGCCACCUAUUUCGGAGGUAUUCCGAGUUUCUGAUUUCGAGUACAUCGCAAGGAAGAUCUUGCCUCCUACAGCUUGGUGCUACUACUCAAGCGGUGCGGAUGACGAAAUCAGUUUGAGAGAGAACCACAAUGCAUUCUCCAGAAUUUUCUUCAAGCCUAGAGUGCUUGUGGACGUGAGUUCUGUGGACGUAUCCACCAUUAUGAUGGGAGAAGCUACUGAGGUUCCAUUUUAUUGUAGUGCAGCAGCACAGGCCAAAUUGGGCCAUCCAGAUGGAGAACUUUCCAUUGCCCGAGGAUGUGGCAAGGAGGGAGUGAUCCAGAUGAUUUCCAACUAUUCUUCUUACCCCUUGGAAGACAUUGUGGACGCUGCCUCGAAGGGACAGCCACAAUGGUUCCAAUUGUAUGUGACUGACCACGAAAGUGCUCGGGAGUCUGUGGACGAAUGUAACGAAUUGGGACUUAAGUCGAUCUUCGUCACAGUGGACACGCCAGAAUUGGGCCGCAGAGAAAAGGAUAUGAAGCUCCGUGCACAAAUUCUGGCUCAGAUGGACGACUCAGACGAGAGUGCGGAUUCUCAGGAAUCGCUGGACUUGGGUUCGUCAGUGGUGUAUGGAAGAGACACAGCAGUUACCUGGAAAGACAUUACCGAGAUUACCAACUGGACAGACAUUCCCGUUGCGGUGAAGGGAGUUCAAAGUGUGGAGGAUGUGGUUUUGGCAGCUGAGAAUGGAGUGAAGGCGGUGGUAAUCUCUAAUCACGGAGGACGUCAGUUGGAUUACGCACGUGCUCCCAUUGAAGUUUUGGCAGACACUAUACCUGUUUUAAAGGAGAAGGGAUUGGACGAUAAAAUCGAGAUCUACAUUGACGGAGGUGUUCGUCGUGGGUCAGAUAUCAUUAAGUGUUUGGCAUUGGGUGCAAAAGGAGUGGGAUUGGGUAGAAUCUUUCUUUAUGCAAACGCAGCAUACGGCGAGGAGGGAGUGAGAAAGGCUUGUCAGAUGUUGAAGGAAGAAAUCAAGUUGGAUAUGAGAUUGUUGGGUGUGUCUAAGAUUUCAGAGUUGGGUCCACAGCAUUUAGACUUGAGAAACCUUUACUCGCGGAACCCACCUGCUGACAACUUGUACAACAACAACUACGAGCCAUUGUCACCACCGGCAUUUAAAAGUGAAUAG